AUCAAAGGAAAUGUAUACCUCAUGUACCUGAACGCCUUUUCUUAUGCGUGGGCGUUCAUCUUUCUCGCCUUACUGACAUCUCGCUACGCUAUGCAGGCAGCAAGCGGUAUUUAUCUUUCCCACUGGGCAGAUGCGAAUUCCAAGUUGAGCGACAGCGCUGAUACAAUCACUGGUCUUUUGAUAUACGUUGCCCUUGGUUUUGGCACUGUGCUUCUUAAUGUUAUUACAUUCACUUCAUCAACCUUUGGAGGAGUACGAGCAUCCAUUGUGUUACACAAGCCCCUGGUCGAGUCACUGAUGCACGCUCCCCUCUCAUUUUUUGAGGAAACACCACUCGGAAGGAUCCUCAGCCGAUUAGCAGGGGACAUUGAUAUCAUCGAUACUUCACUUCCCAUAAAUUUGCGUCUUGUUGUCGAUACACUUGCUCACGUGAGUUCAAAGAUUCUUGGCUUGUUUUGGUUUGGUGUGUGA